AUGAUGGCCAAGUUCACCAUAAACCCAGACACCAAAAUCUGUUAUUAUUCAGCUUACACAACCCGAAAAGCUUCAAUCUUAAGAACUUCUAUCAGAUCCCAAUACUUGAAUGCGUUGCCCAUUAAUCCAAGCUUGAAAAAGUUUAGGGUUUCUUGCAGCAUAAAAGAGAAAGAGACAGCAAAUGCUGAAGAAAAACGUAGAAUACUUAAAGGGCUUAAAGUGAAUGAUGAAUUGGAGGAGAAGGUUGGUUUACUGGAGGCUGAAAUUGGGGAAAAGAAAGUGGGUUUUGUUUGGAAUCCGCCAUGGAAGAAUCUUCCUCAAAGAUAUAAGCUCAUUGGAACUACAUCUCUGGCCUUCAUUAUUUGCAAUAUGGAUAAGGUGAAUCUGAGUGUUGCUAUAAUUCCGAUGUCUCACGAGUUUGGUUGGAAUUCAUCUAUGGCUGGACUGGUGCAAUCGUCUUUCUUUUGGGGGUAUGCACUAAGCCAGUUGCCUGGUGGCUGGCUUGCAAAAAUAUUCGGAGGGAGAAAAGUUCUUGAGGUUGGUGUCUUGAUCUGGUCACUAGCCACAGCACUGGUUCCUAGUCUCGCUGGCUUUAUGCCCGGACUUAUUUUGUCCAGGAUAUUGGUUGGAAUAGGAGAAGGUGUUUCACCUUCAGCUGCAACUGAUCUGAUUGCCAGGACCAUACCAGUUGAAGAGCGGUCACGAGCAGUUUCAUUUGUUUUUGGUGGCUUGAGUGUUGGAAGUGUCUUAGGGCUUCUUUUGGCUCCUCCACUAAUACAAAGUUAUGGAUGGGAGUCUGUAUUCUACAUUUUUGGCUUCCUAGGUAUUACGUGGUUUCUGGGAUUUCAGUUUGUUAAAGAAGAUCAGCAUCUAUUUAAUGGUGAACUAUCAUGGCCUAAAUUUGACUCUUGGAAUAGCUCAUGGAAUUCUUCUUUGGAGGAGUUGGGGGACUCAUUGACGGAUGUUCCUUGGAAGGCUUUUUUCAAAAGUAAAGCUGUAUGGGCAAUGAUAUAUGUUCAUUUCUGUGGAAGUUGGGGUCAUUAUACUUGUUUAUCGUGGCUUCCUACAUAUUUCAGUGAAGAACUGAACCUCAAUCUGACUGAAGCUGCAUGGGUCUCUGUUCUUCCUCCACUAGCUUCGGUUUUCGUUACAACCAUUGCAUCACAAUUUGCAGACAACUUAAUUUCCAAAGGGGUUGAUACCACCUUAGUGAGGAAAAUUUGCCAAACAAUUGCAUUUUUGUCUCCUGCAACUUGCAUGAUUCUUUCCUCUUUGGACUUGGGACUAGAUCCAUGGGAAGUGGUGGCAAUUCUCACAGGCGGUUUGGCACUCUCAAGUUUUGCCUUAUCAGGACUAUAUUGUACGCAUCAAGACAUUUCACCUGAAUACGCAAGCAUUCUUUUGGGCAUUACGAACACCAUUGGAGCUAUACCUGGAAUUGUGGGUGUUGCUCUCACUGGCUACCUUCUCGACUCAACUCAUUCAUGGGGUAUGUCACUGUUUGCACCAUCAAUCUUCUUCUAUCUUACUGGUACUAUCCAUGCACGCGGGAAGAGAAACAUUUGGCAUGUGAACAAAUACGAGAACCAGGGACCACAGUUACAGGCUUCGACAAGGCAAGUAACCAGCGUAAAAGUUGGUAUAGCUGCAGAUGAGUCUACGGUUAACGCCUUCCAUUGGCAGCACCAUCUGUCUCUGACUGUUUCCAUCCUUCUGUGUCAAGUGAUAUUCUUCUCUAUGGCUCUUGAGCCAAAUUUCGUGCACAGAGGUACCGUUGAAGUCUACUGUCUACCUUAG